AUGGCAGCCAACAGCUCCGGCGGGAUGCCGGAUGCUCCUCUGGACAGCAGCUUUGCCAGCACUGAUGACCUUGUUUCUGACUGGUACAUCUAUGAAACCAUGGAGCCAGCCGUGCCACAGGAUGACAUGUUUCCCAGCAUAAUCCCAGACUGUGACCCCACCAUUUCUCCCAGGCUGUAUCACAUCUGCAUGGCGCCCAUCUCCCUGGCCGUGCUCCUGGGCUUGUCCUUCCUGGUGAAGCGCAGGCGUCUCCACUGGAGCUGCUGGAAUGGUGUCCCAGGACUGCUCAGCCCAGCUAACUUCCUGGAGGAGGAAGGCAACCGCGGGCUGGUGGCUGCAGUGUUUGGCAUCCUGUUCUCAUCCCUGUGUGUGCUGGUCUUGGACACGGACCCUCUGCCGCUCAUCGCUCGCUCCUCCCAGAGCACCCGGGAGUACUGGAAGAUCCUGGCUUUGCUCUACUACCCUGCCUUCUACUACCCCCUGAUGGCCUGUGCCACUGUCCGGCACAGGGCCAGCUACCUCAUGGGCUGCCUGCUCUCCUGGUGCCACUGCGUGGUCCACAUCUGGCAGAAGGUGGAUUGUCCCCAGUCACCAAAGAUAUACAGGUACUACUCCACACUCUCUUACAUCCCCAUCAUCCUCUGCCUUGUGCUCUUAAGCCUUUGGUAUCCAGCCCUGCUCAUCAAGAGCUUCACCGGGCAGGAGGAGACCUUGGAUAAGGAGGUGCCAGGGAGAGGUUAUUACAAGAAGUACCUAAAGACUGUCCUGUCCAAACGCCCUCAGAAGGGGAGCUCUGCAAAGCUCGAGGAGAGCCUCCUGUCAAGGGUGCAGACGUACUUACGCUCCUACAUCUAUGCUCCUGAGGAAGGUUUCCGGAUCCCACUGAAGCUUGUCGUGUCCAUAACCACGGCCAUGAUUGCUGUCUACCAGGUUGCCCUGUUGCUCCUGGUGGCCGUUGUCCCCACCAUCCAGAUCAUCCGGGCAGGAAUGACAAAGGACAUCGUGGUGCUGUUGGUCCAGUUUGGCUUGGUGCCCUCAGAGAGCCCAGCUGCCCCAGGUGACAUGGAGAAGGAGCUCAAGACUGUCAAGUACUACCUGUGGUCACUGGAAGUGUGCUACAUCUGCUCGCUAGUGCUGUGCUGCCUGCUGACCUGUGCCAUGCUCCUGAGAACGCUGGUGAUGCACAGGAACAACCUGAAGGCCCUCUACCAAGGAGCAGUGCUGGAUGUCUUCUACAAAGCCCAUAUCCUCCGCCCAUCCCGACAAGCCAUCGUGUGCUGGAUGAGCUUUGCCAGCUUCCAGACAGCUUUCGCCUGCCUGGGUCUCCUCAUCCAGCAAGUGAUCUUCUUCAUCUGCUCAGUGGGUUUCACCUUCCUCUUUGUCAUCCCGCUCCAGUCGGGCACAAACACUCACCUCUUCAGGAUCAUCCAGAACAUGUGGCCCUUCUGGUUGACCCUGGUGGUUGCCGUCGUUGUGCAGAACUUGGCAGCUCACUACCAGUUCCUGGAGCAGCAUCCCCUCCGGAAGGAGCUCACCAACAGGCGAGCUCUGUACAUAGUCACCUACCUGCUCUUCCCCAUCAACGUGCUGGUGGGCAUCCUGGCUGGGGUGUGGAGGAUGGUCAUAUCCGGGCUUUAUAACUCCAUCCACUUCUGCCAGCUGGACAUCAUUAACCGUGGUGUGGAGAACUUCGACCCAGGCUACCACACUUACUGCCACUAUCUGAAGAUUGAAGUCAGCCAGUCUCACCCGGUGAUGAAAGCCUUCUGCUUGCUGCUCCUCCAGCUGGCCAGGCCAGAGGGGCCAUCGGGGCUCCGGGCCAGCAACAUGGAAGAAGGCAUCCAGCUGAUGCAGCACAAGAAGGCGCCUCCGAGCAGAGCCCGGUUCAAGCAGAGCAGAGCCCGCUGGUGGUUGGCUUAUACCCUCCUCAACAACCCCUCGCUGACUGCCUGCAGGAAAACUGCCCUCUGUGACCCCACAGCCAACGGCACCCAGCUCAGCACCCCCGAGCCUUGA